UUGUCCCCGGGGAGGGGCACUGGGGGAAUGUGGGGGGGCUUCAUUCAGCCCGCUGGUGCAACAAUACAAGAUGUGGAUGUGGUGUCUUGGUCCGGUGUGCACCCAUGGACCCGAAGCUUUACUAGGAGAGUCAGGACAUUUUAAAGAUCUUGGCGGCAAAUGAACUGAGGUGUGGGAGGGAAAACAGAAGACAGUCCCACCUCGACUGGAUGCUUUGGUGCCAAGCGGUUGCUACCUGCUGACUGGGCUUCUCGUCCACGUUUUAUACCUGUUAUUUUAUCCUGGAUAUGGCAAUGGAUAUGGCCCUGGUAGACUUUGGGAGCCUGGAUGACCUCAACGUUGGCCUUGAGGAUGAGGAGGACACUUAUACUGAUGAGACCACAGCUCUGACUGUGGACAUUCCCUCAGAGCAUAACAUCACAGGUGGAAAUUAUCUUCUGCGUACCCAGCAAUUUUCCGCCACGCCAUGCCACCCCAGUCCUGUUCCCUCGUGUAUGUGGGAUUCCACCUCAUCGACACCCGCCCCAUUUAUACAGACACUGGAAGUACCCCAUUCCCCAAUGCUAACUCCUAACAUAGAGGACAGAAGUAGUCAUUCCAGUAUGAUCUCCAAUUGGAAGUUGUUGUUGAGUAGUGAGGGCACCAAGGAAAGCGAGGCCAUCUUUAGCCAACUUGCUAAGGAGUGCUGUGAGGAUCUUUUUGUUGAUAAAAGAGGGCUGGACGACGGAGACCAGAAAGUAAUUAUUAACAUUGCCGGUCUUCGCUUCGAGACACAGCUCAAAACAUUAGACCAGUUUCCUGAUACGCUCCUUGGAGACCCUCAGAAGAGGAUGGACUACUUCGAUCCAAUGAGGAACGAAUACUUUUUUGAUCGGAAUAGACCCAGCUUUGAUGGGAUCUUGUAUUACUACCAGUCCGGGGGUAAGGUCAGACGUCCAGCAAACGUUCCUCUGGAUGUAUUUGCAGAUGAGAUCAUAUUUUAUGAGCUUGGAAAUGAAGCCAUGGAGCAGUUUAGAGAAGAAGAAGGAUUCCUUAAGGAUGUUGACAUCCCACUUCCUAAUAAUGACAUAAAAAGACAAUUCUGGCUGUUAUUUGAGUAUCCAGAGAGCUCCAAUGCAGCCCGGGGUGUUGCAUUGGUGUCCGUCCUUGUUAUAGUUAUAUCCAUCAUUAUUUUCUGCAUGGAAACACUGCCAGAAUUCAGAGAUGACAGCGAUGUUGUUGUUCCCAUGGCUAUAAAGCCUGUAAACCUAUCCACAGCUCACACUUCUGUGGCUCCACCUGCUCUGUUGCCCACUAUUUUUUCGGACCCAUUCUUCAUUAUUGAGACUGCCUGCAUUGGCUGGUUUUUCUUUGAGCUAUGUAUACGAUUUUUGGUUUGCCCAAGCAAGAGAGAUUUUUUCCACAAUCUCAUGAACAUUAUUGAUAUCAUAUCCAUCAUUCCGUAUUUUGUCACCGUGGUGACAGAACUGGUUACAAAGACUGAAGAGAGCUCUGGACAGAAUAUGUCCUUGGCAAUCCUUCGGAUUAUCCGUCUGGUCAGAGUUUUCCGUAUUUUUAAACUCUCGCGCCACUCCAAAGGGUUGCAGAUCCUGGGACAAACGCUGAAGGCCAGCAUGCGAGAGCUUGGCUUACUCAUCUUUUUCCUCUUUAUUGGUGUCAUCCUUUUCUCCAGCGCUAUCUACUUUGCUGAGGUAGAUGAGCCAAACACACAGUUUGUGAGCAUACCGGAUGGCUUUUGGUGGGCGGUGGUAACCAUGACUACUGUAGGCUACGGGGACAUGUGUCCUAUCACCCUCGGGGGGAAAAUGGUUGGCACCUUGUGCGCCAUUGCUGGUGUACUGACCAUUGCUCUACCUGUUCCCGUCAUUGUCUCCAAUUUCAACUACUUCUAUCACAGAGAGACUGAAGCAGAGGACAAGUUAUCCUUGACAGAUGCUGUUGAGCAAGCUAUGAGGGCUGAAAUGGGUACAAAACAAGGGAGCAACACUUCACUCAGUAAGGCCAAUGGCAUCUGACAGAGCAGAAAAAGGGAGAAAAUAAACUUUUAUUUUUAAACGUCUUGCUUUGGGAGAGUUGAUUUUGUGAUAUUACCGCAAAGUGUAAAACAUUAUGGAAAAUAUCAAUUAAAUUGUGAACAACAUGAUUCCGAUACGAGAUGAAAAAUGGUCAUUUAUGUAAUAAUACAUUUUAAGAUGUACCUACACUACUCUUUGCAAUGUUUUUCUUGUUUGUAAACAUGGGUGAGAUGACCAAUUUCUCCAUGUCUGACUGCUGGACUGUCUGUGGGCAUUUUUGUUAGUUUGAUAAAAUAUAAUUGUUUCUGGUAAUAACUAUUAAACCAAUUCUUUAAAAAAAAGAAAAACUAGAACUUUGGGUUACUCAACACAACCUUGUUUUUUUUUUUUAUAACAGAGUGAGGUGUAUCACUACAGGAUAUGAUCUUGGGCGUAUGUCACCAUGGAAGAUCCAAUUAUAUGUCUGUCAGUGUGGCAGACAGGUCGAGUUGGGGCCAGGGUCACACCCACUUCUUAUAACAUAGCCAAAUUAUUCAUGAUGGUUUCUUACCGUGCCUGCAAAGAGGGAAUCAAAGGUGAAAGUGAUUUUUUUAAUUAAUUUAUUUUUAUCCAAGAACCUAGAUUACGUUGAGUAACCCAAAGUUCUUCUUCUCACUUCGCUCCAUGUUUCACUAUGGGAGCCAUGGCCAAGGGUGCUGCCCGACCAGCUUAUCUCCCAUGCCCAUCUCCUAUGGCAAGUGGAAAUGGCCACUAAAUAUAUGACCUUGAUUGUGGAAAAGUCUUUCCUUUUUCCACCAAAUCCCUCAGAAAACACAGCAGAUCGACCACUGAGCACUGAAAAGAAAUUAUGCUCCUAGAAUCACGCCAUUCCUCAAAAACACGCCACUUGCAGUUAUACAACAAAAGCGUGGAAGGGGCCCUUGCAGUCUGAAUAUUGUCACUGACCUGAUCAGGCAGGGCUGGGGUCAUUCACCAUAAAGUCUCAUCUCAUAAAGUAGAUUUGGGAGAUCCUGCGACCAGCUGUUUUACCGUCUUCUCCCAGAAUUUAUUUUUGCUACGCCGGUCGGGUAGCACCCUCAAUCAGUUUGUGCUCUAAAUGCAGUGAUACUGCUGUCACAGUCAGUGUAUUUAGAGCAAAAACAUAUUGAGCUGCGUACUGUACUAGUUUGUCCUCUGGAAAAUUGAGGUCGUGAGGUGGUCUAUUUUGUUUGGCAUAGGAAUAUUGGAGAGGGGCCUGUGGUUAGGGUGACAAUAACAACUGUACAGUUUGCAACUGUACCUUGACCUUGAACAGUUAAACAGCUACCCACUGUCAAGUUGGACUAUCUGAUAGAGCUUAGUUUAGAAAGCGAGAAUGAUUUGGAGGUAUGAUACACGCCCUAGUCGAUAUCCCAUUGAGAAACAACCCUCCUCACUGUUAUGACAAUGUCAUCAGGCAUCGAGUCAAAUUGUAUAUACGGUAUUUACAUAGUUUAGCAAGGUAUGCUUUGUUCCUAGAAACGUUAAAAGGGAUAGUUUGGAUUUUUUUGACAGGAAGUUGUAUGACAUCCCCAUCAGCAGUAUAGUACAUCAACAGUGACUUAUCCUCCCACUUGGUCCCACGAGUCCAGUUCUGGUCGGAUUUCCGUGAUAAGGAACAUAGUUCCGCUUAGUUGCUGGUUCCAUUUAAGUAAAGAGUUUGGCUUCUCAAAACAAUAUGCAUUCAAAAGAGUCAUACAUUUGUUACAUUUAUCAUAAAAAUGCCCCCUUGAAAAAAUCAGACCUCACAAACCGCUUGGCGUUAUAUUUGUCUCCCGCCGUAUCCCUGCGCACUGUCGCCUGUCCAUUCUUGUGUA